UUUCUACACAACAUAUUAUACACACAAGGAUCCAAAACUCCCUACAAGAAAUCUACGCAUUAACAUAAUAAGAUCAUUGACGAUUUAAUUAAAAUUGGAUGAUUUAUGUCUAAAUUGAAUAUUCUUAAUAAUUAUAAAACAAAAAUUAAAAUCUGUAUCUUUAAACCUUAUGAUUUAAAUCCGACAGUUACGAGUCGUUUGACCACAUAAAUGCAGGAUUUAUUGACUACACUAUAUCCGAUUUCAUACGCACAACACGUUGGUGUCUUCCCACUAUUUAUACACUGGCAUUACUUCUAAUUGUUACUCCUAAUUAAUUUUCUUACUUCAGUUACGCAACACACAGCCUCUAUUCUCCAAUUCCAAACCCACACUCAUUCUUUUCUUCUUUAAUGGCGAAAAAGAAGAAGAAUAAGGGAAAUGCAGAAAACAACAAUCACAAUCACAAAAACAACAACAACAACAAUAACAAUUACAAUAACAAUAACAAUAACAAUGACGACAACAACAGCAAUGACGACAAUAACAACAACAAUAACAAUGGAGGAAAGAAAGAAGAGAACAACAACAACAACACAACGGUCUUGAAAGUUGCUAUGCAUUGCGACGGUUGCGCUUCCAAAAUCAUCAAACACCUUCAUUCUAUCAAAGGCGUGGAGACGGUGAAAGCAGAGAGCGAGACUGGAAAGGUAACCGUCACCGGAAAUGUGGACCCCACAAAAUUGAGGGACAACCUAGCGGAGAAGACAAAGAAAAAUGUUGAACUUAUUUCUCCACAACCCAAGAAGGGAAAGGAGAAGGAGAACAAGGAAAAUGAAUCAAACAAAAUUUCUGAUGACAAGAAAACCGACGACAAAAAAAACAAAGACAAAGAGACGGUUUCUACGGCUGUAUUGAAGAUGUCACUACACUGCCAAGGAUGUUGUGACAAGAUUGGCAAGAUGGUGUCGAAAACCAAAGGGGUACUUGAAAUAGCAAUAGACAAAGAGAAGGAAACGGUGACUGUGAAGGGUACAAUGGAUGUGAAAGCAUUGGUUGAGAAUUUAACAGAGAAGUUUAAGAGAAAGGUUGAGAUUGUCCCUUCAAAGAAAGACAAAGAAGGAGGUGAAGGAGGUGAAGGAGGAGGUGGGAAGAAGAAAAACAAGAACAAGGGUGGUGGUGGUGGUGGUGGUGGUGGAGAAGGGGGUGCUAAUAACGAUAACAAUGAAGGAGGAGAAGUUAAAAUAAUAGAAUAUUCGGUUCAACCACCCUUUGGUCAUGGUAAUGAAUAUGUUCGUGUUGAAGGGUAUAACUAUCCACAAGUCUACGAAGAGCUGUUACAUAUGCAUAUGCAUUCACAACCACCACAAAUGUUUAGUGAUGAGAAUCCUAAUGCUUGCUUGAUCAUGUGAGUGAUGUGAGGUAGUGUCACUUUGUCAGAGGAAUUAAUUUCAUUCAAUUCAAUUCAAUUCAACAUGGUGAUGAAUGAUGAUAAUGAUGAUGGUGGUCUACUGGUGAUUCCAUGAGACAGGGGAAAAAACAAGUGCUAAAGAGAGUAGUCAGUGAGUCACUAGAGUCUUUCUUCUUCUGUUUUAUUUUUAUUUAAAAUGUUGUGAUCUUUAAGAAAGAGUUGUGAUGCAAUUAAUUAAAUUAACCAAUAUUGUUGAUAUCACAUGGGAAUACCAAUUUAAAAAUUUAUUAUUAUUAUUA